GGCGCUCUGCAGCCGUUCGCCUAGAUGCUUUGGCACACAUAAACACUCUAAUCCCUCUGUUACUGGAUACCCGCUCUAGAAACGAUGAUACCAGGCUCGCAAAGUAUUUACUGGUCCGCUCUGGCCUGGGCACUCCUCUCUCUUCCUCUGGCACUGGCGGCAGACUGGAUCGACUACCCGUCCAGCGGAUAUGCGACUAUGACGCAUUACACACUCCCCGAAAACUUUGUCGCCGCCUGCGGCUGUACCGCAGACAGUACACACUAUCCCACUGCUGCGAUGUCUCAAAUGGCGUAUGGCAGCAGCACCGCGUACGGGCCCGGAUGCGGGCGCUGUUUCAACAUCACACUGGCGGACGCGUUCACGAGUAAUCCAAAGUUCUAUCCUCCAGAGGAUGAGCGGAGCAGUGUCGUGAUUAAGGUGACGGACCUAUGUCCGUUGGGAGGGAAUGGAUGGUGUUCAGCGACGGCAAACAAACCAAAUGCUGGGGGCGCGUAUAUCAACUUCGAUCUAGCAUGGCCCUCCAGCUCAAUACCCGACAGCUUCUUCCCUUCUAACGUGACCCUAUACGGCUUUACUGACUUCGGCGUGUGGAACGUCAGUUACCAGGAGGUAGACUGUGUACAGGACUGGGAAGGUGGCAAGUCCGCCGCUGCCCUAGGCAGCGUACCAAAUGGUGGGAGCGUAUGCUGUCCCGCGAACCCAUCAGGCAAUGAUACUUGCCCGUCCUUCUCUGAUGCUCACGGCAUCCCGUGAGUCCCCUCAUCUGUCUUGUCAUGCCGUAGCUCACGCCGAGGUGCUUUAAAGCCCUGAUACCACAACUUCA